GAAAUACGGUCACCUUGGCUGACAAGCGAGGAAAAUUAUUUAUAUUUUAGAAUCCACGACGCUUCUCGUACGAAAAUUGGCAAAAUAUUGUUGAUCAAUUCAGUUUUAACACAUUGACGUGCAAAUGACAAACAGUGGCGCCAAACAAGGCCAAUUUGUAUGCUAUUGGUGUCCAAAUGGUUACACGGCAACCAAAUUCCCAUAAAAAUAUUGCCUGACACCGCGGCCAUCAACAAAAACGAAAACCACGAAACAGAUUUACGUGCGCAAAGUGCAAGAAUUGCAUGGUUAAAAUUUAAACGUGCAAAUAAUUUAAAAUUACUGCACACAAAAAAUGCAUAUACAAGCUGUAGUGUAAAACAAAUUAAAAAGUAGCAGCAAAAUUGCUGCCGCUGCUUUGCGGUGGUGGUGCAAAAAGAACAUAAAAUCGGUGGCAAGAAGAAGAGCCGCCAAGUGAGAAAAGUGAAGUAAAAAAAGAAAGAAAAACAACGCCGCCGAAAUCAAUUAAUCAUAUCAAAACUCUCAAUUAUAAUCAACGUAAGCAUAUUUGCAUUCGUCCUGGUGUUAUUUAUGCUGCAGGUGCUUCUGCCGCUGUCGCUGCUGCUGCUGUGCUGCUUGGCGCUACGCUAUUCCGACGCUGCCAACGCUGACGACAUGCGCGCGUAGAGUUGCCAGCUCUGAAAUUUGCAAAAGUCGUCGGUCGUUCAGUCGCAUUGUGGCGGCUUCUGCACAAGACAAGACAAUUUUUAAAUAGUUGGACACACAUUCUGACGAGGAAUGCAUUGGCUGGCAACCCUUUCAGCUCUGCACACGAAGGAUUAAAGGAACUACUCUAAAAGCUAGCCAAGAUUAAUAUCAAGAGCAAGUGCAUUGUCUUCGCACUUGCCAGAUCGAAAUAUAUAUUCGAAAUACACGCGUCGUGGUCCAGUGGAUCGACGACGCCAUUGGAUAGAAAUUUUUGUUCGCCCCGUAGUUAAAGAAAGCUGCCACCAUUCGGAAGAAAAACACUUCGAAUAUGACCCAUAACAUCGGUAUGGCGCCAUAUCGUUUGCCGGGUCCAUCGGGCGCUCUCUGCCCGCCUGAUUUUAAGCCGCCGCCUCCGACGGAUAUCAUCUCGGCGCCGAGCAAUCCAAAGAAGCGACGGAAAACCUCAAAUGCGGCCAACUCAGCGGCUGCUGCGGCAGCGGCGGCGGCAGCUGCAGCGGCCGCCGCUGCCAACUCCAUGCAACAGCAGCAAUCGGCGCCGCCAACACCGCAGGAUCUGUUGCCGCCACCGCCGAUGGGUGGUUUCGGUGAUACGAUAAUCGCAUCCAAUCCGUUCGACGAUAGUCCCCAAGUGUCGGCCAUGUCCAGUUCGGCGGCCGCUGCAAUGGCGGCCAUGAAUCAAAUGGGCGGCGGCGGCGGACCCGGCGGACACUUUGGACCGCAUGCGCACUGGGAGGAGCGCAUGGGUAUGGGCAUGCAUCCGCAUAUGCAUCCACAUCAUCCAGGAGCUGGCGGUGGGCCCAUGGGCCAUGGACCACACGGGCCACAUCAUAUGGGCGGCCCACCGCAAAUGCGUGGCAUGAGCCCCUUGGGACCUGGUGUACAUCCGCAUCCACAUGCAAUGGGACCCGGUGUUGGACUGCCGCCGCACAUGAACCAUGGCCGAGCUGGUGGAGUGCCCAUGGGCAGCCCAAUGGGUGCGAUGGCUGGCAUGGGUGGCAUGAGUCCAAUGGGCAACAUGGGAGGACCAAGCAUAUCACCGCACCAUAUGGGCAUGGGUGGAUUGUCGCCAAUGGGCGGUCCCAAUGGCCCAAAUCCGCGUGCAAUGCAAGGAUCACCAAUGGGCGGCGCCGGUGGACCAGUGCCAGGUCAGAACUCGCCUAUGAACUCACUGCCAAUGGGCUCACCCAUGGGCAAUCAAAUUGGCAGCCCAUUGGGACCGGGACCAGGACCAGGACAACAGCAGCAACAACAGCAACAAGGAUCACAACAGCAGCCACAAAACCCGCAACAGACGCACAUGAACAACGGGCAAAUGGGUCCACCGCCUUUGCACAGUCCGCUGGGCAAUGGACCAACAAAUCACAGUCACAUGUCCGGUGGACCGGUGCCAGGGCCAGGUCCUGGGCCAGGUGGACUAGUUGGGCCUGGUGGCAUGUCGCCGGCUAACAGCAACAGCGGCAACAUGAUGGGCGGCAAUGCAUCCAACAGUGGCAGCACUAAUAACAACAACAACAACAGCAAUGGAAUGAAUCCCAACAAUAGCAACAACAAUCAAAAUCCCCAUCCACAUCUGUCGCCAGCGGCGGCGGCAAGUGGACGUUUGGGUGGUGUGCCCAAUUCAAUGCAAUCCAACGGUCCAAUGCCAGCGUCGUCAUCAGCCGCAUCCACGGCGACGACGACGUCAACGGUAACAGCGACCACGUCAGUGCCUACGUCCUCACCAGCGCCGCCCGCCAUGUCACCGCAUCAUUCGCUCAACAGCGCCGGUCCCAGUCCGGGCAUGCCCAAUGCGGGUCCAAGUCCGUUGCAAUCGCCAGCGCUCAGCGGUGCUGGCAACAGCAACAAUAUGAACAACAACAACAACAACGGACCCAUGAUGGGCCAGCAAAUUAAUCCCAAUGUUCCUAUGCAGCAGCAGCAGCAGCAACAACAGCAGCAGCAGCAGCAGCAACAACAACAGCAGCAACAACAACAACAGCAGCAGCAGCACGGUCCAAUGGGCGUCCAUAUGGGUGGACCACCUGGACCUGGACAUGUGCCUGGCGGUCCAAUGGGAAUGGGCAUGAAUCAAAUGCUUCCGCCGCAGCAGCCGCCGCAUCUUGGUGGACCACCGCACCCGCAGCUAAUGAACCAUCCUCACCCGCAUCAUCCGCAUCCAGGUGGUCCCCCACAUCACAUGAUGGGCCCUGGCCCCGGCAUGCAUGGACCAGGUCCUGGCGGCAUGCCACCCCAUAUGGGUGGGGGCGGCGGUGGUGUUGGUAAUCCCCAUAUGAUGGGCCCACACGGCAAUGCCGGCCCACACAUGGGCCACGGACACAUGGGAGGCGUGCCAGGACCGGGUCCAGGGCCAGGCGGCAUGAACGGACCGCCGCCACACCAUGGAAUGCCACCUCACCACGCACACAACCACCCACAUCAUCACAGCCACGGACACGGUCACAGUCCAAUGGGAGGACCAAAUAUGUUUGGAGGCGGCGGUGGACCAAUGGGUCCCGGUCCAAUGGGAAAUAUGGGCGGCCCAAUGGGCGGUCCCAUGGGCAACAUGGGCGGUCCAAUGGGCAAACCCAUGACGAUGAGCGGUGGUAAAAUGUAUCCGCCUGGUCAGCCAAUGGUCUUCAACCCGCAGAAUCCGAAUGCGCCGCCCAUCUAUCCGUGUGGCAUGUGCCAUAAGGAGGUGAACGACAACGAUGAGGCAGUUUUCUGUGAAUCCGGUUGUAACUUCUUCUUUCACAGAACGUGUGUUGGUCUGACGGAGGCGGCCUUUCAAAUGCUCAACAAGGAGGUGUAUGCCGAGUGGUGCUGUGACAAGUGUGUGUCUUCCAAGCCUAUACCCAUGGUUAAGUUUAAAUGCUGAACAUGUUAACCGAUUUAGAAACUACCACCAGCUAGCACUCAUUCACUCUGUAUAAAUAUCCAAGCAUUAACUAUUUUAAUUGUAGCAUUUAAGAAGGAGAUUAGGGUUCCAUCGUUUAAUUAAUUGCAAACAAUAUGCGCUCAAUAGUCAAAAAGGGUCCCCAACGAAUCAAUCAAUCAAUGUUUCAAUCUUUUAAGCGACAACUCACUAAAUGGCCGGAGCAGUGUUGUGAAUUUUAGUUUCGGCCUGGCUCAAUACGCGCAUCCUUAAAACAAAACAAAACAAAUCAAACCUUAAUUAAAACGACAAGAACGAUAAAAACAACAAAUAUGUAUGCUAAUUGUAAAAUACGAGUAGUAUAGCAUAGUAUAGUGUAGUAUAUCAUACAUAAUAUAUAUAUAUAUAAAGAUGAAAAAAUGAAAUAAUAAUAUGUAUGUAUGGCGUGGCGUUGUCAGCUAGAGAGCAAGAUAAGCAAUCCGUAACGGAAAUGAAAAAAUAAUAAGAAGAGAAAAAAAAAAAACAAAAGAACCACACAAUGAAAAAGAGAAUAACACUGUCAAAUAUGUGAAGAUGAUAACAAAAAACGAAACGAUUAUCAAUCUACUCCAGUGUGUGUGUGUGUGUAUUAUAGAAGCGAAAUUAUGAGAAAUUAUUGAAUUCAAAAUAGCGUUUAAGAGCAGAGUAUAGAGAGAUUGAAAGGACGAAAAGAAACGAAACAACAACAGAAUGAAAAGAAUAUGAACACAAAAAACGAUAAUUUUACAUUUGUUUUCGAAUAACUAGAGAUUUAAGUGUGAGAGUGCAUGCGUAUACAUACAUAUAUACCUAUACAUAUAACACAUACACGUACACAUACAAAUAAGAUAAAUCUAAAUCUAAUAAUCGAUCUGACAAUGAGCAUAAAAAUUUGUAACGAAAUGAAAUUAACUUUAACUGUGUGAAACUGUUUCCAUUUGUGUGCAAGAAAA